UGAGAUACUUAGUCUAUUAAUUAUUAUAAAAAAAAGUGUUUUAGGAAAAUUAAACUUAAUUAUAAUCAUGUCAAAUACAUUCUCUAUAAUAUUUUCUUAUUUUUUAAAAAUGGCAAGGCCACUUCAAAGACAAUCUUUCAAUUCCAAGAGAGUGUUGGAACUUGAAAUCUUGAAACUUGAUGUUUGACCACUUCAAACUUUAUAAAUAUCAAUUUAUAUUUUAAAAUUCUUAAAUUCAAUUCAUAUUAAUCUUAAAAUAAAUAGAAAAUAAUAGCAUGUAAAUCAAUGUUACUUUAAACCUCACUUUGAAUUAGGGUUUAGUCCCUCAGCUAGAACUCAAGAGUGCUAGAUAGAGCCAUUCUUAUGGUUGUUAUUAUUUAUCUCAAGCACAUUUAUGUGUGUUAGUUGAUAGGUCAAAUGAACACAUUUUUCUAUUGUGGGAAUCCAAAUGAAAUUUGUUUAUUAAAUCAGAAUUAUGAAUAAAUUAUAAUGAUAACUUUGUUCCUAGUUAACUUUAAAUUCAACUAUAAUGAAUAUUUUUAAACACGUAACAAUUUGAUUAUAAUUAGAGGCAAAUCAUCAAAUAAUAAUAAUAAUAAUAAUCGAAGCAGUAUUCCUUUAAUUAAUGUCUGCGUUCUUUCUUUAUCUUCCCCGUUCUUCAUCUCCUUUCACGAUCGAUUGUCCCGUUCUUCCAUUAAAAACAAAGAACAGAAAUUCCCAGAUGCUGUGGAAUGUAGCCAUGGAGGAGCAGAUGAAGAAGGCUUCGGAACAAGGCAAGGGAAUAACGACCUUGGCAGCUUAGCUCCCCCUUUUCCCUUCACUUUGGCUGGUUCUUGUGUUGGGAAUCCAUGUCAGGGAUUGAAUGGCUGGAAAGCUCCACACCAAAUCGGUCUCCUGCUGCUGCAGCGGUCGACAAGUACUGACACUGACACCGCCUCCUGCGCCUCUUGUCUACCUCCCCCGUCCCUUCCCUUCCCUCGCUGCCUUUUUGGUUGAAGGAAGGGCCUUUAGCUUUCCGCACUGCCACUGUUACUGCUACUGCCCUCUUUGAUUUGUGUUGCCUUCCCAGGUUUCUGCUUGUUUGAGCUUCUUCUCGCUUUGAUCUCGGACGCUCUUGCUGUUCCUGUCGCUUCGUUUCGUGCAGCUCGAAAAGAAGGCUUCUUGAUGCGGAUUUUUUCUGAUUUCUCGGCGAAAUCUUAAUCUCUUCGAACUUAGUGGAUGGAGGAGGAAGUAAAGGAGGCGCGGGCGCCUUUGUGAGGAGGAGUGGCACUGUGAGAGAGAUACGAGUGGAAGCGACGAGAGAGAGAGAGGCGGAGGAAAAGGGAGAGAAGAGUUUGGUAGUGGAUUUCAUGGAUUGGGACCUCAAGAUGCCGCCUUGGAACGCUUCCGAGUCGGCGGACCGCGACGCCGGGCUCAGCAUCGGUCCCGUGGUCGCCGGCGCCGCCCGCGACUGCUCGGUCGAUCUGAAGCUCGGCGGGUUGGGCGAGUUCGGCUCCUCGUCGUCCUGCAAGCGGAAUGUUCGCCGACCUGCGGCUCCUUCCGGGUCGUCGAAGCGGCCGCGGGCUCCUCCUCUGGCCAGCGGCGGCGGUCGAGCGGCGUCGUGCUUGGUGGAGGGCUGCAGGGCGGAUCUGGGCGAGUGCCGGGAGUACCACCGGCGGCACAAGGUCUGCGAGGUCCACUCCAAGACGGCGGCGGUGGUGGUCCGCGGCCAAGAGCAGCGCUUCUGCCAACAAUGCAGCAGAUUUCAUUUGCUAGAAGAAUUUGACGACGUAAAACGGAGCUGCAGAAAACGUCUUGACGGGCACAAUAGGCGUAGAAGGAAACCCCAGCCUGGUUUGAUGAAUCCAGGGAACUUGUUUCCAGAUCACCAUGCAGGAAUUUCUUCCUAUCGUCAAAUGUUUCCAACGUCUACAACAGAUUCGGACUGGUCUAGAAUAAUCAAAACUGAGGACGAUAUGAUCUACUCUCCACAGUUUGUCAUCCAGCAACAGUUUUUGGAUUCAAUUUAUGGCUUUAGCAAGGAAAGAAAGCAAAUUACAUGUUUUCAGGACGAAGAGACCGCUCUUCUCUAUGGAAGCAACGGCAGCAACAAGAUGUUCAUCGAUGGGCUAGCUCAAGUCUGCGACUCUGAUUGUGCUCUCUCUCUUCUGUCAUCACCAAAUCGGACUUCCAACAUUAGCUUAAGCCAUAUGGUGCCACCAGCCGAACAGCUAGAUCAGCCUCUUGCUUUGAGUUUGCAGUACAAUGGUUUCCCACACUACUCUCUCCCUCCGUUACCCGGCCACAAUGUCACACCUGCUGAAUUUUCGUGUGCCGGAGGGGUAGAGGACCAGAAUGCAGAUAGUGUACUAGUGUCUGAUCAGGCUAAUGGUUCCAACUGUUGUAGCAUUUUUCAUGUGGGUGAAGAAGGCUCUUCGGAAUCAGCUUGCGUAGCUCUACCGUUACAGUUUGCCUGGCCGUAGUUUUCAUUUCAGAUGAACAUUAGGAUUUUUUUUCUUCUCAAUGAUCCCAGUGUUGUCUUUGCUUGUGUUCAUUUGCUCAGAUGUGUGAAUAUCAAACCCUGUUCUUGAAACAAUGAGGUUAUGUUUUCGGUUUACAAA